AUGCACAAAUGCGCGAAAUUCCUUCAAGAUCUUCUUGACACACUCCAACAACUAGACAAGACUUCCAAGGUUGUUCUUAAUAAACAAUGUUCAAUAAAAAUCAUAGAAGGAAUACCAACAAAGAUCAGAAAACCAGGACGCCUUACAUUGCCAUGCGAAUUUGGAAAUUCCACGAAGACAUUUGAUUUAGCCAAUUUUGGAGCUAUUAUUAACUUAAUGCCUUAUUCAUUUUAUCAAAAUCUUGAACUUCCAUCAUUGAAGACCACAAGGAUGGCAAAUCAUAUGUCUAAUCGUUUGGUAACUUAUCCUAAUGGGAUAGUUGAAUAUUUAUUGGUUAAAAUUGGUAAAUUUGUUUUUCCAGUUGAUUUUGUGGUUAUAGACAUGAAAGAUGAUGAAGAUGUACCCAUUAUCCUUGGAUGCCAACUACUAAAUACCGCAAGAGUCGUGGUUGAUAUUCAAGAGUUGAAGCUCAUUUUAAGAGUGAGAAAAGAUGAAAGGACAUUUGAGGUUGAUGAAGGAUUCAAUACUUCUAGGGCACAAGAUGAAGUAUUCUUUUUAGAUGAUGACAAUGAGCUAGAAUAG